GUCUGGUGUCCAGGUUUAUAAGCGACAACAAGCUGAUAUGGGUGACAGCGAUGGCGAGGACGCUGCCAUGGAAACGCCCGACCUGCCGCUGGAGAUCAUCGUGUACAUUCUGAGUUUCCUCCACGCUUCAGACAGGAAGGAAGCCUCGCUUGUUUGCCGCAGUUGGUACGAUGCCAGCCAGGACCUGCGCUUCCAGAAGAACGUCACGUUCCGGUUCCCGGCCUCGGCCUCGUCCCUGGAGCUGAUCAGGGGUCUGGCUCGAAAGCCGCGCUGCAGCCUGAUCAUCAGCCAGCUGGACGGCUUCAGCAUGUCCAGAGCCCUGCUGCUGGAGGUGGGUGUGUGUCUGGGCCCUAAGCUGGAGAGCCUGGCCCUGCCUGGCAGCAGUAUAACAGAGGCCACUCUGCUGGCGCUGCUGCCCCGCCUCACCUCCCUCCGCAGACUGGACCUCAGGGGGCUCGACAGCCUCUUCAUGUCCGGAGCCUUUCUGUCCCGGGACGAGCACAGGCAGCAGGUGAGGUCGGCUCUGUCCGGUCUGGAGGAGCUGGACCUGUCGGACCUGCGCUACCUGUCUGACCUCACCUUCAACCGGCUGACCAGCUGCACCCCACACCUCCAUCGCCUCUCGCUGGCCGGCUGCCACAUCGCCUUCGAGUUCGACCCGUACCGCGGCUGCCCGGUGGGAGCCGUGCAGGACUCAUCGGCCUUGCUGUCGCUGAGGAAUCUGAGGAGGCUGUUAACGGAUCAGAAAUCCACCCUGGUGGCUCUGGACCUCAGCAGAACCUCCAUCACCCCCGAGUCGCUACGCACUGUGGCACAGGUCCCAGGUUUAGCUCUGGAGGAACUGUGUCUGCAGGGCUGCAAGGAGCUGACUGACUACUCAGUGGAGGUUCUGGUGAAGCACCAGCCGGGCCUGCAGAGGCUGGACAUCAGUGCCUGUACCGAGCUGACCAGCAGGGCUGUAGUGGCUGUAGGACAGGGCCUGAAGGGACUUAAACACCUUUCCUUGUCCCGCGACUGGAGAGUCACUGAAAAAGGCCUGGCUGACCUGCUGUCUGUGACGUCGCUGAGGACUCUGGAUCUGUCAGAGUGUCUGCAUGUCAGCGGGGCCGAGAUGGUGAAAGGCCUGACGGGACCCGACACCAACAAAGCUCAUCUGGAGACGCUCAGCUUCAAGAGCUGCACCUACAUAAGGGACUUGGCGGUGUUCUCUCUUGCCCAGCUGCUCGGGUCUUCUCUCCGUGAGCUGGACCUGACCUCGUGCGUCUACCUGACCGACCUGUCUGUGCGCGCUAUCGCCACCUAUCUGCAGCGGCUGGUAGUCCUGCGGCUGGGCUGGUGCAAAGAGAUCACAGACUGGGGGCUGCUGGGGAUGGUGGAGCUGACCAAAGAGUGCGAGCCUGAACAGGAGCUGGAAGACAAGGGUCCCAGGUUCACCCGGACCUUCGGCAACAUGGGCUUCUUCCAGCCCCCCAACAUGACCUUCCAGGAGCGUCCCAAGCUUGUGACGGAGGAAGACCUGGGCCUGUUCCGGCAGCAGGAGGGGGCGUCACUGCUCGCUCUCAGCCGACUGCGGGAGCUCGACCUGUCCGCCUGCUCCAAACUCACCGACAGCAGUAUCAUACAGGUGCUGCGUUACCCAGACCUCCACCGUCUCUCUCUCUCCAUGCUGCCGGAGAUCAGCGAUGCCAGCCUGGCGUCGGUGGCCUGGCACUGCCGCAGCCUCACCAGCCUGGCGCUCAGCCACUGCCCUCAGAUCAGCGACCGCGGGGUGGCGCAGGCCGCCCCGCACCUCCACAGGCUGCAGCACCUCUACCUGUCCUGCUGCGAUAACAUCACUGACAGGUCUCUGUCCCUGCUGGUGCAGCACUGCAAGAGGCUGAGGACGCUCGACAUCUCCAUGUGCAAAGAAAUCUCCAUAACAACCGUCGACCUCCUCCAAUCACAGCUGCCCUUCCUGGAAAACGUUCACUGCCGGUUUGUAGGUGGGGCCGACCUCACGCUUACACUCUGACUGACCGAAUGUUCUCUAUAUUUGUCGGACCUUCUUCUUCUUCUUCUUCUUUUUUUAUUUUUUUGAAACAGUUGACCAAAACCUGCUACUUGAGUUUUUGCACAUUUCAGCAAUUUGCACAAGACCAGUCGGCCCCGCUGCUGAAAUCAGAGUCUCUGCACUGUUAGACACGGCCACCCUGCAACUACACAACAUCUGUACUGCUUCCUGUGUCUUCUCUCCUCUGUGUGGAGGAACGAACAGACAGAUGUGUAAUCCUGAUGUGGCAGAACCAUCUGUAUGUGUGGGAAGAGGUUUUUUUUUUUUUUUGGAAACCUGUGGUGCAUCACCACUGAGAGCACACAUUUUACCUGUGGAAGGGAUGUCUGGUGUAUUUCAUGAUACUAUUUAUUUGAUCAUGCCAAAGUACUGUGUCUACAUACAUUUAGCUGCCAAAACCAAGAUAACACUUAAGUAAAGGUGUAGUAUACGUAAAAUGAAAGCGUCUGCUCACAGCUCAGAUACAGGGGUUAUUGGUCUUUACCUGGACGAGGUGACGUGACGCCACACUGAGUGAUGAGCCACGUCCACGUUGAAGAUUUCGAACUGGGAGCGUCGUCCUGCAGGAGACGUGUUUUAAAGAGUUUUUAACUGCACAGGCCGGUCAGUCAUGGAUCCUGACUGAACAUGCAGCUCAUGGGAGAGUCUGCAGCAUCGUCUGAAGACAGCGUUUCCACCACCACAAAGAAUCAUGUGACAGUGUCAUUCAGUGUAGUAUUGGGACGGACCGACACCCUAUGAAAAUGUUUUAUUUCCGUUUUCUGGCAGUAGAAUCUGACUUUGGCCUUUGACUGUGGAGCACGUCGGGACGGUGCCUGGACUCAUGCUGCACUAACGCCAUUCCGCCGUUUGGUUUGUUUUAGGGAUUGGUGAAAAAACAGCACGUAAUAUCAGGGAUUAAAUGAUUUAAUAUAGUCAGCACCAAGAAAAAGUACUUUCCAUUAUUAUUGAAUAGAAGUAAUGUUCAAAAAUACCUGGAAAAAAAAAACUGUCAUUACUAAUAUUAAUCUUGGGAUGUUUGAGGUUAUCACUGGCUUGACAUUACAGUAAAUACUGUUUGUUUGGUUUUUAGUAAUAUUUUAUUUUAGGGUACACUUAGUAGCCAUUAAUUAGUUUAUCAGUGUGAGUAUUAGUAAUUUAUUACUGCUGUAUUAGUCGUUAGACCUCAGUUUGCAUGCUUUAUUCUACAAAGUAUAAAGUAUAAGUUUUAUCUCAAUAAUAACCAUAAUUAAUGGUUACUAAUGUUAGUAACCAAGCAGUUACAGCUGAAUUAAAACUUAAUCUGUUCAGCGUGUGACAAGUAAGGAGCUAAAUACACAAGAAAACUUACUCUGUAAGUCUGUAUUCCUGUCUAACAAAACACAGAGGUACAGAUGUUAAUUAUAUUCAAUUAACUGUGAAUAAGUCAUUAUUACUCAUUAAUUACUGAUUAUUGAGAAAAAAACUGCCAAUACUUUAAAGUGCAUAGAAUAAAUCAUGCUAAAUGAAAUGAAAUGAAAGUAAUUAAUUAUGACAAUAAUAAUACACAACUUAUAAAUGACUCUCGCUAAUAAACAACUGGCUAAUAAGUGUACUCUACAAAGUUUUUCCUUUUUUUCCCCUCUAAUAGUUUUUUUUUUUUUUGGAGCCAUGGCCAAGCUCUGGAGCCUGCUAACACACAUUCCCUCUCGCUGAGUUCAGUAAAUUUAUUUGAUAAUUUUAUACUUCUGUAUAAUUGUAUGAUACGCUGUGACGGGGAGGGGAACUUUAGACUGUAAAUGAAUAUACAUGUAUUAUAUCCUAAAAGUAGCUAAUAUAAAUGGUGUUAAUUUUAUUAAUAAACCAAAGUCUGGUUUCUUAC